UUUCCAGCAAUAAGAGAAAAUAGAGGCUCCCCAUUGCAAUGCGGGAUAGCACAGGACGAGAGUGGAGAUUCACCUACGUCUGCUGGAGAAAUGGCAUGACCGUCAUGUAUGUGUUAGAAGGACUAAACGGUUACCAGUGGCGGGCUGGCGAUAAAGUGGCAUUUCACCGAAUUGUUUCGGAAGGAAAGCUUCAAAUCAGAACAAUAAAGGCUGCUUCAUCUGAUCCACCAGCUCUAGCUAAGAAGUGGCAAAUUAACAGAGCAUUUGACAACAAGGAGACGGAAGGAACAAUUUAUUAAAUUGAUAUGCUUCGCUUUCCCGGAUUACACCAUUGAUCGUUCUCUGUUUUAUUUGACAUUUUGAAAUGUCAAUAUAAUUGGUGUGAUGCUGCAUAUGGAGUCUACUACCAAGGUGACCCCUAGGGUAAAUCUCUAGGGUAAGGCUCAUUGUAAUCUUUAGGAUAAGGGUAUGUAAAUCACCUUUCCCUUGAUUUAAGGGAGGAGACUGAUUUGGGUAAUGUCUUUGUGUAAGGUUUAGAUUAGGUAGGCAACAAGCCUUAUUCUUUCUUGUCGGCUGCUUGCUACAGCCAUCAUUCCCAUCUCUUUUCCCUCUCUUUUCUCAUAUAUACCCGAAUUCACUC